AUGCAUUCUCCUUCGAACCCAGCCCACCAAUUCGACUCUAUCGAGGACACAAUAGCAGCCUUCAAAAACGGCGAAUUCAUCAUCGUACUCGACUCCCAAGACCGCGAAAAUGAAGGUGAUCUUAUCAUUGCCGCCGAAUCGAUCACUCCGGCGCAAAUGGCCUUCCUCGUUCGCCACACAAGCGGCUUGAUCUGCGCCCCCGUUACCCCCGAAAUCGCACAGCGCCUCGACCUCCCCCAGAUGGUGACCGAGAACGCCGACCCCAAGGGAACCGCCUACACCGUGUCCGUGGACGCGAGCGACGCAUCCGUGACGACAGGUAUAUCGGCGCAGGACCGGGCCCUAGCAUGCCGGAUUCUGGGAUCGCCGACAGCCCGCGCUGAAGAUCUGCGCCGACCGGGACAUGUUAUCCCGCUGCGGGCGCGGAGCGGAGGUGUCAGAGAGCGCAGGGGACAUACAGAGGCGGCGGUUGAGUUUUGUCGGUUGGCGGGGAAGAUGCAGGCAGGUGUGAUUGCGGAGUUGGUGGAGGAUGGAGAGGUCGUGGAGGGAGUUGCGGAGAUUGGGGGGAAUAAUGGUAUGAUGAGACGUGAUGGGUGCUUGAGAUUCGGAAAGAAGUGGGGGAUCAAGGUCUGUACGAUUGAGGAUUUGGUCGAGUAUGUUGAGAGAGUGGAGGGUGUGAAUGGGCAGUGA